AUGUGUGAUACACAAUAUGGAAUAAUUAACUUCGUGUUUGGUAGAAAUUCAGUUUCACAUAUCAUUGAUGCGAUAACGCUUGCAGUUUCGUCUGUUAGUAUAUUUCUUAAUCCAAUUUUAUUAUUUUAUAUAUUUAAUGUCAGCAUUGGAACACAUUUUCUUGGUGUAUUGAUAAUGUUACAAAUGACAUUUGAAUGGCUCGCUUCAGCUACUGGUAUGUUAUAUGCAUUUUGUCCAAGUAUUAAAACUAAUGAACUAUGGCUACGACUGAUUGUAUGUCAUAUGUGGAGUAGUACAUUUAUGUACAAUCUAUUCAUUAUGUUCAGCAAAUAUAACGUUAUGUCAAUGUUGAUAGAACGAUGUUUCCAACUAUUUUAUCCUAAUAAAAACAUACUCGACUAUCCGCGAACUGUCAUUGCAUCCUAUUGUUUCGCCAUGAUAUAUAUCACAGCAAUUAACUUGAGAUUUACUGUCCUAGUCCAAAUAGAUACAAAUGGUAAAUGUGUAACUGUAGGACAAAAUCCUGCAGAUGAAUUCCAUCGUCAACAACUAUUAAUUUUCGGUUAUUUAUGUCUAGUAUUACUGUUGAUUUUACCGGCUAUUGUCAUAACAACUUGUUAUAUUCUAAUAUUAAUUCAUUAUAUAAAAAUAAAACGUGCGAAUAAAAACUUCAGAGGUUUUAAUCCAUCAAAUCAACAGCAUAUUCUAACGUUACUCAUAAUUAUUUGGUCUUUCGAAUCAACGACAGCAAAUAUUUUAGAUAUGGUUAUUUUUUAUUAUUUUCAAAAUUAUGGUUACGUUGAAAAAUCACGUAUACUAUUCAGUGCAACUGAAUUAGUACGUAUAAUCUAUUUUGUUAGCCGAACACUUAGCUUAUUUAUUUUUAUUCAAGCAAUUCGUACCAAAUUCAUUGGACAUUUCACAUUUAUUACUGGUUCCUGUUUAAAAAUAUUUAAACGUCGUUGA